AUGGACUGUGAAGGGGAAGGGGAGGACAGAGGUGUGGCUAUUACAGCAGAGCAGUUACUUCAAAAUGGACUAUUCGACCACAUCUCUGUUCUUCACAUUGCUGGGGCCACUGAAACAGAUAUUGAUGACAGAUAUGGAGACUUGGAUUGCAGAACAGAUUCUGAUAUUCCAGAAAUUCCACCAGCCCCGGAUAGAACCCCUGAAAUUCUCAAGAAAGCUCUCUCUGGCUUAUCUUCAAGGUGGAAAAACUGGUGGAUUCGUGGAAUUCUUACUCUGACUAUGAUUUCGUUGUUUUUCCUGAUCAUCUAUAUGGGAUCCUUUAUGCUGAUGCUUCUUGUUCUUGGCAUCCAAGUGAAAUGCUUCCAUGAAAUUAUCACUAUUGGUUACAGAGUCUAUCACUCUUACGACCUGCCAUGGUUCAGGACACUAAGCUGGUACUUUCUACUGUGUGUAAACUACUUUUUCUAUGGAGAGACUGUAGCCGAUUAUUUUGCUACAUUUGUUCAAAGAGAAGAACAGCUGCAGUUCCUCAUUCGCUACCAUAGAUUUAUAUCAUUUGCCCUCUAUCUGGCAGGUUUCUGCAUGUUCGUCCUGAGCUUGGUGAAGAAACACUACCGCCUGCAGUUUUACAUGUUCGCAUGGACUCAUGUCACGUUACUGAUAACCGUUACUCAGUCGCAUCUUGUCAUCCAAAAUCUGUUUGAAGGCAUGAUAUGGUUCCUUGUUCCAAUAUCAAGUGUUAUCUGCAAUGAUAUAACUGCUUACCUUUUUGGAUUUUUUUUUGGAAGAACUCCAUUAAUUAAGUUGUCUCCCAAGAAGACUUGGGAAGGAUUCAUUGGCGGUUUCUUUUCCACAGUUGUGUUUGGAUUCAUUGCUGCAUAUGUCUUAUCCAAAUACCAGUACUUUGUCUGCCCGGUGGAAUAUCGCAGUGACGUCAACUCCUUCGUUACGGAAUGUGAGCCCUCGGAACUUUUCCAGCUUCAGAGUUACUCACUCCCUCCCUUUCUGAAGGCAGUGUUGAGACGGGAGACAGUGAGCUUGUACCCUUUCCAGAUACACAGUAUUGCUCUUUCAACGUUCGCAUCCUUAAUUGGCCCGUUUGGAGGCUUCUUUGCCAGUGGAUUCAAAAGAGCUUUCAAAAUCAAGGAUUUUGCAAACACCAUUCCUGGACAUGGUGGAAUAAUGGACAGAUUCGAUUGUCAGUAUUUGAUGGCAACUUUUGUGCAUGUGUACAUCACAAGUUUUAUAAGGGGUCCGAAUCCCAGCAAAGUGCUGCAGCAGCUGUUGGUGCUUCAGCCCGAGCAGCAGUUAAACAUAUACAAGACCCUGAAGACUCAUCUCAUCGAGAAGGGGAUCCUGCAGCCUCCCUUGAAGAAGAGGACUUAAAUUCCAGCGUAGCCAUGUGGUGGCAGAGAAAUGGGAAAACUAGGAGCAGCUUUCACAGUACGGGCUGAUGUUUCCGAAUUUGCAGCUGGAAGUACUCUGCAGGUACUUAUCGAUGGCCUUUUUAACCUGUGGGAUGCAAGUCACGCCCAGUGCUUUCCCCUGUGGUGGUGAUUGUACCUGAGAAUAAAAGACCACACACACACACACACACACACACACACACACACACACACGUCCUUUUUCCUCUGUAGUAACUUCAUUUGCACUUUGGGUUGAACAGUGAUGGUGUCACCUGCUCCAUGAUGAAGCAAACGUAGGAGCAGUGUAGAUAUUCUGUAUACGAGUGAUGGUAGCUUAUGACAUGUGUCCAUCAGUUCUCUGAAUCUUCCCCUGAAACUGAGAUAGGAAAAUAAAACAAACAAACCAUA